GCCUGAAAUUUCCUACAAUUUAAAAGGAAAACAUAUCUUAACAAUAGGAGAGCGCUGACGCUGACACGGGACGAGUGUAAUCUAGAAAUUUUCGAAGGAGAGAAAAGAGUAUGACAAUCAAGGAGGCCAUAAACGCGCCCUACAAUUGUAGGGACGACUGACGAUACGGGAAUAAAAAAUCUUAAUUUUUGUGUGGUUGGUGAGGAAAGAUGAGUGUCAUAAUCCGGUUGCAGAACUUGCCGUGGUCGGCGAACGCUCUCGAUAUCCGUCAGUACUUUCACGGUCUCAGCAUUCCAGAAGGCGGAGUUCAUAUCGUUGGUGGAGAGUUAGGGGAUGCUUUCAUUGCGUUCAGCACCGACGAAGAUGCCCGCCAAGCGUUCACCCGAAAUUCCGGCAAAAUCAAAGAGGUGCAGAUCUCGCUUAUGCUCAGCUCUCGUACGGAGAUGCAGCGCGUUAUCGAGGCGGCACGCAACCAAUCGUACGCCGCUUUCAUGCAGCCGGCCGUGCAACCGCCCCCGAUGGCACCCGCAGUGAGGGCGGCGGCUGCCUCCGCUGCCGCUGGUGUGCCCAUGCCGGCCGCAGUGCCCACUAUCGCGCCUGCAGUGAAGCCCGCGGCCGUUCCUAGCGUGAAGAGCAAGGAUAAGGACAGGAGGGAUAGAAGGAGGUCACACUCACGUUCACGCUCAUAUUCUCGGUCACGUUCCCGAUCUAAAUCCAAAGAUCGCAAAGAACGAUCACGAGAUAGAGAUAGGAAGAGAUACAGAGACCGAAGUCGGUCUAGAUCCAGAGACCGGAAAUCAAGAAGCAGAAGAAACAGAUCUCGCAGCAGAGAACGCGCUCGGUCAAAAGAUCGCAGAACUAGCAAGGACAAACGGAAGCGUAAUUCGCCAGACCGUACCAUCCAAUCUUUCCAGAAGGACAGGAAGCAAAUGCCGGAAGUAUGGGCAACUCAGACCAAACCGAUAGAAGUACCUGCUCAAGCUGCUCAGUCAGCACACUUGCUUCAAGCAGGCUUGAACGUUGCGGCGCUCAGUCAGGCUCAAAAGGCAAUGAGCAACAUUGCAGCGAGUUUACCCGGUCAGUUGAAUGGGUUUCCAGGAAAUUUCAAUGGAAACAAGGAUAGACCUGGGAGGGAUAGUUGGCCGCCAACUGCUCAAAACAAUUUCGCGGGCCCCCAAAGAGGCAACGACGCAUUUAACGACCAAAAGCCAUUCCAAAGCCGCUUCCAGAGAAACAACUUUCCGCAAAGGGGAGAUAACAAAGAUUGUUGUAUAGCAGUCGAACCGAUCCAUGGAACAUACAGUGAUGUAAGGCGGCUGUUCAAAGGGAGGUAUAUCAGUAGUUCGGGUAUCAAAUUUAUCAACGACCAGAAUGGUAGAAGAACAGGAAUCGUAUACGUACAAUUUGGCUCGUAUAAAUGCAAGGAAACUGCUUUGCAAAUGAAUGGAGGAGAACACAAUGGUAAUACUCUGAAAAUUUCUUCUAUCGAAGAUGAUGUGUUCGAAGAAGCUACUGAUCGUUAUCUUCCAAAUCGGCCGGAAGGAAACGGUAGCGAAACAGCAUAUAAGUUCAAAAAUAUUUCGAAAACGUUCUACCCUUCUGCGCAGACGCAAGAAUUUAAAGAGUUCACGGCCUUGAAGGUGGACGACCUACCUAACUAUACCAAAGAACAGGAUAUCUUACAUAUGUUCUCGCAGCACCCUCUCGUGGCGCUGAUACUAACUGCUAAGCCUAAAGGAGGGCAUGUAGCAUAUGUGAAAUUCAGUAAUCCUGAAGUAACACAGAAAGCGUUUGAAGAGAAAUCCCAACAUGUAGUUGGAGGCAAACAAGUUACCGUCAUUCCAUGCAAAGACGAGGAGUUCAACGAAAUUAACCGGCAACACGAUGUAGAUGCAGGUAUAAAGACCGGCGAGCCUGAGCCCACUAAAGAAGAAAUUGUCACAGAUUGCGUGAAUGUGUCCAACUUGCCUUUAAAAACCACAGAUAAAAACAUAUCAGACUUUUUCUCUGAUAUCGGCGUGAUGCCUACCAAAAUCCAUCUGAUGAGCAACAGUAUGGGAUUCACAGGUCAAGCGUACUGCGAAUUUGCUACCACUAAUGAUGCGAAGUUGUCAUUGAAGAAACACGAGGCCGUUUUAGGCGAAGCUGUUAUUUCCGUAUUGCCUAUAAAACGGGACGAAAUGAUGGCAAUUCUCGGGAAUACGUUGCCCGUACCUGACCCAGCUUUGGCACCACAGCUAGCAGCCGGAACGCCGGCUGGAGUGAGGCCGCUGAUGAGUUUAACGCCUGUUGCACCUCCCGAUUCACGAAUGCCAGGACACAUCAGACCUCCCUUCCGGCCGCGUAAUUCGUUUGAGGCACCACGAAGCCAUUUUGAAGGUGGUCCACGAGGUCAUUUUGAAGGUGGGCCACGAGGUCAUUUUGAAGGAGGACCGCGACAUCUCAGACCCAGAUUUGAGGCAGGUUCCCGAUCGUAUGAAGCUGCACCUCGCCAGUUUGAAAAUCGGCCCCGACACUAUUUUGAGGGCCGUCCGCACCGCCGUUUCGAUGAUGAGGCAUCGAUGGACUACGAGGAGGACUUUGAGGACAAUCAGCACGAGUUUGAAGGCCCUCCUAGGUCAAGAUUUGCCCCUAGAGAUCCGCCUAGAUCUCGCCUUCAAAUUCCUGUUGAUACAGAUGAAGCUCCGGUGGGUUGCACUAUCUAUAUGAAAAAUGUUCCUUAUAAGGCUGGUACUCAAGAGAUCCUCGAGUUUUUUGAUGGUUUCAAUCAUUCGAGAAAUGUCAGUAGGAGAUACAAUCCAAAUAACACGCCCAGUGAUGAAGCGAAAAUUGUGUUUUUCGAUCCAGAAGAGGCAGCACGAGCUGUGGCUGAAUUAAAUAAAGAGAAAAUUUGGGAUAGGCAGAUUUUUCUUAAGAGAGAGUAAGAGUUGACAGAUAAUUUUUAUGAGAGUUGACGUGUAUAUAUUUUGGUACGAUUGUAAAUACAAAUAAGCUCUUACUACUAUGUUAGUAGUAAAUUAUUUUUUGCAAUUUGUAGUGUUACCUUCGUAUAAUCAAACAAUAUAGUUAUUAUACAUUGUCUGUUUAUUUUAUAAAUAAAUAAACGAGAUUUUUCAUAUCCCU